AUGGUAGAGAAUGCGCAGCGGCGCAAAGGACUAGCAAGUUGGUUCGCCGUCGAAGAUGGCGGUAUUCUUCAUAGUAAAGGGGCCAUUCUAGCAACAACUCUGAGCCUUCGUUUGGAUAUAGUGCUGCUAUCGGCGUUUUUGGCAUCGAGGCAGACGGCAUCCACUGAAAAUGGGGAGCAUAUAACAAUUCAGCUUGAUUUGAAAGUGGUGAAGCUACUUCCAGUCGACCAUUUGGACAAGCCGAAGGGUACUUGUUUCUAUUGCAGCUCUAUGCAUUUCAACGUUCGACUACCACAACUCGAGAAACGGCCGAUAGUCAUUUGCGGGAGGGACAAGAUGCAGUUGAAACAGGAAAAGCUUAUGUGCCAAAAUAUCCCAGUCAAACUCGAGGGCGCCGCGAAGAUGCUUCAGUAG